GUCAGGCGGGCAAAGGAUACAGUCCCGGCUCCAGAACGCCGCGGCACCGGGGCGGGAGGGGCCCGCCACGUCCGCCAUCUUGAAACAACCGCCACUCGGGGCGUCGCGCCGGGGCCGCCACGCCUCGGCCUGCAGGCUCGGUCCCGAUUGGCCGCACCACGCAGAGGCCCGCCCCUUCCUACGCGGCCGGCCCUUGCGGGGCGAGAGGGUCGGAGCGAAAGGGAAGCUGCGUCCCGGAGGUGCGGUGUGGGGCACCGGGCGGGGCCGCGGGAAUCGGCGCCCCGCGGAGCUGCUGCUGUCAGACCAACCCCGGACCCCUAUCAUCACUGCGCCGCGCUCUCAGGCGCCGAGAACUACAGUUCCCGGCAUGCUAUGAACUUGGCCUCGGCGCUGAGGCGGGGUCCGGUCCUCCACCCGCUCCCGCCGCGCGCAGAUCGGGUUCGCGAGCCAUGGAGGAGGAGGCGUCGCCCCCGGGGCUGGGCUGCAGCAAGCCGCACCUGGAGAAGCUCACCCUGGGCAUCACGCGUAUCCUAGAAUCUUCCCCAGGUGUGACAGAGGUGACCAUCAUAGAAAAGCCUCCUGCUGAACGUCAUAUGAUUUCUUCCUGGGAACAAAAGAAUAACUGUGUGAUGCCUGAAGAUGUGAAGAACUUUUACCUGAUGACCAAUGGCUUCCACAUGACAUGGAGUGUGAAGUUGGAUGAGCACAUCAUUCCACUGGGCAGCAUGGCAAUUAACAGCAUCUCAAAACUGACUCAGCUCACCCAGUCUUCCAUGUAUUCACUUCCUAAUGCACCCACUCUGGCAGACCUGGAGGACGAUACACAUGAAGCCAGUGAUGAUCAGCCAGAGAAGCCUCACUUUGACUCUCGCAGUGUGAUAUUUGAGCUGGAUUCAUGCAAUGGCAAUGGGAAAGUUUGCCUUGUCUACAAAAGUGGGAAACCAGCAUUAGCAGAAGACACCGAGAUCUGGUUCCUGGACAGAGCGUUAUACUGGCAUUUUCUCACAGACACCUUUACUGCCUAUUACCGCCUGCUCAUCACCCACCUGGGCCUGCCCCAGUGGCAGUAUGCCUUCACCAGCUAUGGCAUUAGCCCACAGGCCAAGCCCAAAGGAUCUGAAGGCCGUUCCAAGCGAAGGUGCUUCUGAUGCCACCGGGAAGAGUUUUGCCAUUCUGAAGAGGAGAGCCUGCGGAACUGUUUAAGGUCCUGUUCCCAGGAGAAUAAAAGUUUCUCAUUAUGGCAUUAAACUCUAUUUAUUUAGUAUUUGAAACAUGGUGUACAUUUAUGUAUUUGUAUAAACAUUUGGUACAUCUAAAAUCCACAACUGGUAAACAAUCUGUGCUUUGUGUACAAGUUUGGGGUUUACAUCUGGAUAUUUUGGUGUUGUGGAGACUCAGUCUGUGAAGCUAAUCAGAUUGCCUCAUAUUAUCAUAAUAACUGUGACCGAAGUGAUUUGCUCCUUAAAGGGGCCGUUCCUUGCCCAGAAAAGGUGUCACACUUUGGAACUAAUAAAACCGGGUGUCAUGGAAUCAAGAAAAACACAGCUGAUACGAUGGAGAAGGUAUGUGCAGGGGACUCCUGGAGAUCCAAGUCAAUGCGUAGCAGGAAACACAAGCCAUGGGGGUGACACUGGGAAUUGAGCUCUCCCUUUUCCAACUGUUGGAUGUUAAUGUCAAGUCUCCCCAACCCCACCUGGAGAGGUUUCAUCCAGCAAGAGCUUGCCUUCUGCUCAGCACACUCCUGGGAGUACCCCAUGAGUGUCACAGCUGCAACUCUGAGGUGCCAACCAAGCCCAGGGCUCUGGCUUCUUCCGGGGUCAGGCCGCUCUUCAGGGUUCUUCGCACUGCAGUGGUGGCGCAGGCCGCAGCCAAAGGGAUGAGAAGAAAAGGAAGUAUGAGCAGCAAGGCACGAGGCAGUCAAGACCCCAGUCCCCCCUUCUCCCCAGGGACUUCCAGAGAAGCCAGAGGGUUCACACUGUACCUUCCUGCUCUUGCUGAAGUGCCCUGCAGUCUGUCUGCCAGGGCAAAGGUUUGCGGCUACACAGGCUGGCCUAACAAUGCCACAGGUGCUGAUCUGGAGGGCCGCAAGGAGUGGUGGGGGCACUUAUAAAGAGGAGAGAAAGGAGGGGCUCACCCUCACGAGGCUUCUGAGAAGGGGGUACAAACUGCACAAGUGCAGAGCGCAGAAGAGACCUCAGCAUCUGCACCGUAUGAGGAGUGUAUCAGAGCUGGGAAGGUGAUUCCAGAGAGGAAAAUGCAAGCUCCACUAAUAUAAAUGAGGUGAGGCAACCAGUGCACAGCGAGGGGUUCUGCAAGACCCAGCAACCUCACAAAUCCAAGGGCGGACCCGCGAUAGCUGGGGACAUGCUCAAGAACCAUGUCCCCACAGAGCAAGUUCACGAAGCCAGGGCAAGGGGCAGCAGUGAGGACGGAUCUCUCCAUGAGUACUGUGGGUCUUAGCCUCAACUCAUUAAAAGGCCUCUAGAGACUAUAAUUAAAAUAACCAGUGGCUCCUCGAGGAAUGGAGGCUAAGGAGCAAACUGCCAAACUUAUUCUGGGUGGAAUUGGUCACUGUUUUCUAUGGAACACACAAGACUCAAGAAGGGCCAAUGAUCACUGAGGGGUUGCAGUUGGCAACUGGAGGGAUGCUCGUACUUAACUGACUUAGAAUUGGCUUGUGUUUAGCUUGGCAUGAUGGUAUUCCCAUUGUUUAGUAUUUCAAUUUCAACAUCAAAAUGAAAGCUGGAUAAGGGUGAAUGAGGAGGUAAAUGCCUCACCCAAGACAAGUCUUCAUUUGAAAGGGUGGCUGAUUACAUUUUCCCUAAUUUACAAAUUGUAUUUGACCCACUGUGCAUUUCUUUAAAGGUCACACAGAGUUUGGGGUAUUCAUUUUCAGAAGAGAAACGUUAUGGAUCUGCCUUCACUCUAAAUCCCAAAUCAGCCAGAGUUCCUGAGAUGACCAGGGCAGGCUGUUGAUCAAAGUUCAGAGAAAGUAAACUCACCUUAAUGUCUCCCCAUUUCCUUUGACAACUCCCCUCAUCCACUCUCCAGAGGCCAGGGCCCACAUCAUGCAUCUGCAGGCCACACCACGUGGUCUAUGCCUCCCCAUCAUCCCGUAAACAAAGGUUCACUCAGCCUGUGGACAAAAGAUCUGAAAGACCUAUGUCCAUGGCAGAAUCAAUGGGGACUAAUAUCUGUUAUGAAAAUAAAGGGCUCCUUCUCUUCCAGGAAUCAGCACUUGGAACAGGGGUCAACGUCAUAUCCAUCAGUUGGUCAAACAACAAGUGAUUUAUUGAGAACUCAUUGUGUGCUCAGCAUUUAACUCAAAGAAUCAAAACACUUACAGACAUCAAGUAUGGAUUUUUAGAGAGACAUGGGAUAUGUGGUGAGAGGUUCUCUCAAAUCGUGUCACUGCAACUACUGUAUUUCCAAGCCUAGCUUUGGGCCCCAGAGCCAUCUAUCUGUAGCUGUUCUUGCACUAGCUACUACUUCCCCCACCCCUGAUCCCUUGGCCUCCAGACUGAAUGUCUGGCUCAACAAGACAAAAUGCUUGGCUUCUAAGUCUCAGCUGGAGGCAGAUUACAUUCAACUGAGUAAUAGAAUUUGUUCUGUGGGGCAGCAGUAAAAAUACUAGUUUGUAAUAACCUUUUACAUUCUUUAAAGACUCCUUAGAGUGUUUGUCAAAGAAAGAUAAUUUUAACAACAGUAAGUAAGAUAAAAUAUCUCUCUUGACAAGGAAGACCUCUUGCUGAGACUUCUUAACCAAGAUACAAAAUACUUCCUAAAGAAGUCCAUGCUGACUGGGCACGGUGGCUCACACCUGUAAUCCUAGCACUUUGGGAGGCUGAGGCAGGUGGAUCACUUGAGGUCAGCAGUUUGAGACCAACAUGGUGAAGCUCCAUCUCUACUAAAAAUACAAAAAUUAGCCAGACAUGGUGGCACACGUCUCUGUAGUCCCAGCUACUCACAAGGCUGAGGCAGAGAAUUGCUUGAACCUGGGAGGUGGAGGUUGCAGUGAGCUGAGAUGGUGCCACUGCACUCCAGCCUGGGUGACAGAGCGAGGCCCCAUCUCAAAAAAACAAAAAAAAGAAGAAGUUCAUGCUGCAUUAGCUGGGCAUCUUAAAUUUCACCAGCCACAGAAGGUGGUGUGGACAUCAGUCUAUGAAUCUUUGUCCGUUUAGGUAUGUAUUUUGGCCAAAUGACUACAGAAGACCCCACAGACAUUUUACCCAUGAAGGUAUUUAGAGAUGUUCAACACUUCUGUUUGCACAUUUGCGUUAGUCCUGUAACUGCUCAGUUCAGUUGACAUAAAUAUUAAUACUUGAAUAAGGGCCCUAUCACCUUGCAGCUCAUGUAACAGUCUUUUAAUAGCUUUGGGCAUUGGGCCAGCCUAUCUGGGACAGGCUCAGGGAACAGAACUAAAUGGUACCUGCAUGGGCCUUGCUGCCUGACAGCACAGAGCCUGUGCCCUCUCCCUCGUGGGUCUACUCAUGGUUUGGAUAUUCCAGACCCCUUGGGACCCUCCUUCACCCUCUGGUCGGGGCUCAUGCGUCCUCUGCUGUGAGGGAAAAGCCAACAUAGGCUUCAUUCCCUUAGCUUACCAGAUGUAUCCCUGAAAAGCGAGUAUUCACGGAAAAGUCUUCCCCAUUUAUGAAAUCCUACUUUCUAUGGACCUCCAUGGCAAUGUGAAAAAUAAAUUCUCUUAGAUAUAUGUUAGCCCCUUGGUAUAAUGAAAAAUACCUUGAGAAUCUGAACCCUUCCUUUGUUAGCCAAAGUUAAUUCACCCUACCACUUGAAAGACCACGUGAAAAAAAAGUAAUCAGCUGAAAUCAGUCUUGCACAUAAUUCAAGUCACGUGCGACAAGGGCCCCCUUGGGUGUCUGGUCAACCAUCUGUCUGCUGAUCAGUUCCUUUGCCAUUCAUCAAACAUCAUGUGCAUAUGCUCCCUGAGCCUCUGCAAUGCGAGCCUCUGCGGAGAAAGGCAGGGGCCUGACAGGGAUACAGUGUGGGGAGAAACACUCAGGGCAGUAGACCGGGUCCAGACAGGGAGCUGGCUCUCAGAAAGUUUCCAGAAAGCAAAAAAAAAAAAAAAAAAGGCUGGGGACA